CGUGCUGCAGCCGUGGCCCCUCCACAGCAGCUCUGACAGCCGCGGCCGAGAUACCCGGACCUUCGCCAGCGUCGCACAGCUCCGCGACCUCCACGGCCGCCUCCACCGCGGUCCUCACCGCGUCCCCCAUCGCGGCUCAGCCCUCGCCUUGGUCCCUCGACUGUGGAGGCCGCAUCUGGCGCGCAUCUGGACCCAACCGACCAGCCGCGCUGGAGCCCGCGCCCGCCCUGGCCCGGCCGCGCCGGGAGCCCUGCCCCGAGCUGGAGCCGCAUUUGGAGCCCCGGGCCCGGGGGCCUGAGCCGCGCAGCCGGCGCAUGGUCAACUCGCUGCUGUUCGGGGAGAUGGCGUUGGCCUUCGGCUGCCCGCCGGGAGGCGGAGGCGGCGGCUGCCCGGGCGGCGGGGGUGGCGGGGCCGGGCCGGGCCCCUCUCCGGUGACGGCGGCGCUGCGGGACGACCUGGGCUCCAACAUCCACCUUCUGAAGGGGCUCAACGUGCGCUUCCGCUGCUUCCUGGCCAAAGUGCACGAGCUGGAGCGGCGUAACCGGCUGCUGGAGAAACAGCUGGAGCAACAGCAGAGCGAGCGCGAGCGCCGGCUGCGCUACAAGACCUUCUCCCGCGAGCAGGCCGUGCAGACUGGGCCCGAGCUGCUGCGGCCGGCCGCUCCGGGUGCACAGGCGGUCGGCGCGGCCACCGGCACCAACGCCAACGCGGUGGCUCUCGGCCUGCCCCCCGGCGGCGGCUCACAUCCGCAGCACUACGGCCGCCUGCCCGGGACCAUCUGGAGCUACACGCAGGUACGGCGCACCGGCGGCGGCGGCGUGGAGACGGUGCAGGGCCCCGGCGUGUCGUGGGUGCACCCGGACGGCGUAGGCGUGCAGAUAGACACCAUCACUCCCGAGAUCCGCGCGCUCUACAACGUGCUGGCCAAGGUGAAGCGCGAGCGGGACGAGUACAAGCGGAGGUGGGAGGAGGAGCUGGCCAAGCGCAUGAACCUUCAGACCAUGGUGGACACACUGCAGGAGGCGGCACAGGAAGCCGAGGCCAUCCAAGAGGAGAUGAACGAGAAGAUUGAGCGGCUCAAGGCUGAGCUGGUAGUGUUCAAGGGGCUCAUGAGUGACCCCAUGACAGACCUGGACACAAAGAUCCAAGAAAAGGCCAUGAAGGUGGACAUGGACAUCUGCCGCCGAAUCGAUAUCACGGCCAAGCUGUGCGAUGUCGCACAGCAGCGGAACUCGGAAGACGUGUCCAAGAUCUUUCAGGUGGUUCCCAAAAAGAAAGACCGUAAGGUGGCUUCAGAUGAUGACAUCUCUGAGCAGGAUGGGGAGGUGAAUCGGUUCUCAGAUGAAGAGGUCGGCUCCAUGAACAUCACCGACGAGAUGAAGCGUAUGUUUAACCAGCUGCGGGAGACCUUUGACUUUGAUGAUGACUGUGACAGCUUGACAUGGGAAGAGAACGAGGACACUCUGCUGCUCUGGGAGGAUUUCACCAACUGCAACCCCACCAUCGACCUACAGGGCGAGCAAGAGGAAAACUUGGGCAACUUGAUCCACGAGACUGAAUCUUUCUUCAAGACGAGAGACAAGGAGUACCAGGAAACCAUAGGCCAGAUUGAGCUGGAACUGGCCACAGCCAAGAGCGACAUGAACCGGCACCUGCAUGAGUACAUGGAGAUGUGUAGCAUGAAACGAGGCCUGGAUGUGCAGAUGGAGACCUGCCGCAGGCUCAUCAAAGGCUCCGCAGACAGGAAUUCACCAUCCCCCAGCUCCAUGGCCAGCAGCGACUCAGGAAGUACGGAUGAGAUCCAGGACGACUUGGAGCGGGAGGCGGACGUGGAGCCCAUGGUCAGCUGAUGACAGAGGCCCUGCUCAGCUGGUGGUCUUGGUGAUGGGGCCUAGCCUCCUCUCCCAACUGAGCCAACAGGGCUCCUGGAUUGGGCUCUAGUCCUCGCCACACAGACUUCUGUCCUCCCUUCUCUGGAGGCCCCUCGGGACCGCUGCUUCCCUCCUUCCUACACCACCCACCACCACUGUCUAGUGCUCCUCCUCACCCACCCACUCACCCACCCACCCACGGAAUGGUGCUGUCAAUUUCUAUCGUUUUCCACAUCACAAAUGCAGACUUCUGUGUGACGAUGCAGUGAAACCGUGCCUUCUCCCUUAAGCUGAGCCACUUUGAGCUCCAAAGAAUUCUUCCUAGCAGGUGUUUUUUAUAUAAAACUGUAAGGUGAGGGUAGGGCCAGGGGUGUGGUAUCACAUGGUUUUCCUCCCUCCCACCUGCUCCUCUGAUUGGCCAUGAGCUUUGCCCUCCCUUCCUCUGUCCUGGCUCUGACUUGACUGAAAAGUCAUUUGGGAGAAUCUGCCUUCCCCAGGACUGAGCCAGUUACCUCCAGGCUGGGGUGAGGACCUCCCGGAGCCUUCUCACCCAGUGAAGGGGAGGAAGGUGAUUGGAAGGGAGGGAAGACCAAUUUUUCUUUUCUUUCUUUCUUUUCUGGAUCUAGUGGCGAUGUUGGAGCAAGGCACUGUGGGGAAGGUGGAGCCUCACUGUGUUUAAACUACUAUGCAAAAAACAAAACUAAAAGCAGCUUGCCUUAUAUCAUUAGGGAAGGCAGGCCCUCACCCGGACUCCUGGGAGCUGGGAGGGAGGCCGAGGUUAGGAUGUGUCCCUUGCAGUCUCUGAGGCUGAGGGCGAGGAGUGUCUGGGGAGAGGGAGGCUCCUGUCAAGUUGCUGAUGAAGCCCGAGUCCUGCAAGCUGGCCCACAUGCCUGCUUGCUUUCUUUGGAACCCCUAUGGG